UUCCUCAUCGAAUUCCUUCCCGAUUCUUGUUCGCCUUUGUGCUUGGAACUUAAAUGAUUUCCCUAUCGCCUCUCUGUGGUUCGUCCCUUUUGCAGUGAAGAAGCAAAAUGAGUUUCCUCUUAACAACUUUGACGAAGAAGCACGAGGUGGAUUCAAUUAUCAGAGACACCUUAGAGAAGGUCCUCGUCCUUCGUUUCGGCCGCCCCACCGACCCUGCCUGUCUCGUGCUUGACGACAUUCUUUCUAAAUCAGCGAGGGAUGUGUCCAAAUUUGCAACGGUGGCACUAGUAGAUGUUGACUCCGCAGACAUUCAAGUUUAUCUCAAGUAUUUUGACAUUACCCUCGUACCAUCUACAGUUUUCUUCUUCAAUGCGCAUCACAUGAAAAUGGAUUCAGGGAAUGCAGAUCACACUAAAUGGAUUGGCGCUUUUCACAAAAAGCAAGACUUCAUUGAUGUUGUAGAGGCGAUAUACAGAGGAGCAAUGAAGGGAAAGCUUAUUGUGAAGUGCCCUCUUCCACCAGAACGGAUACCAAAAUACCAGCUACUGUACAAAGAUGUCUAGAAGUUAACCUUGGUAGUUAUGAUUACUCGCUUUCCCUUUAGUCUCUAGAGCCGGUUUGAUAUGUUGGUUGGAUCUUAAAAGAAUUGAAAUUUAAAAAGACAAAGAAAUUGGCUGGUCUUAAUGGAAUGGAACAUUUUUUCCAUUAUGCUAUUAAAGGGAAAAUGAUAGAAAAUCUUUUGAAGCUGUUUAGACAUGUACAGAAAAGGUUGUUGGAGGUGUGCUGAGGAGGGUAGUCUGGGUAGAUAAUGUGGACUCCUUUGAAAAGGAGUAGAAGAAGAUAAAAAAUAAUACUCAAUGAAGUCAUUGAAUGGAACAAUUUGGUUAACAAUAUACCCUGAGUUUUGGUUGUUGAUAGAGUACAAUUCAUGCGGUCCAUGUAAGUACCCUGCCUAAUAAGAUAAGGCUUUUUACUUUUGUUGUUGAUGUUGCUUCUCAAUCCCUAAAUUAUAUAAAUUGUCUGUUUCCUUU